CACUGACUAGUCGACCGUGACUCCGCGCCAUAUUGUCAAGCCUGGUUGUCAAUAGACAGUCCAAUCUGUGGAUCUGUUCACACAGGGUACGUGUAGGUAAUACUAUAUGGUCACCAAUAUAUCUACAGAUAUCAGUUUGGAUUAGCCAACACGGGAGCCUGUCACGAAUAGAAUGCAUUUCCCUGAAUACUACAGAAUCAAGGACCGCGGUGGCCGAGUGGUUAAGGUGUCCCGACACUGUAUCGACCAGCACCUACCGAACCCAAACUGAUGUCUGUGUAACAGAAACUUCACACUAUGGCGGAGACGACUUUCGCGGGCCUGCCUGUGUUCCCUGCGGCCAGAAUUGAUCAAUUCCGAGCUAUGGAACCGGCGAUAUUCCACGAGAAGGAGCUUGUGCUGGACACCGCUAGGUGUCGACAGCUUGUCCAUCAACUCAAGCGUGAACUCAUGUUAGGGAUUUCCGGCGAAGGAAUACAUAUGGGUGGAGAUGGACCCCUGACCUUAUUCCAAAUCGGAACCUUUCACGGAAAAGUCUAUAUCUUUGAUACGCUUGUAAAUCUGGAGUUAUUCGAUAAAGGAGGUUUACGUUUCCUUCUGGAGUCUGAAGAUAUAUUGAAGGUAACGCACUCCUCAUGCCACCUAAGCGCUGCCCUGUUCUACCAGUUCGCCGUCAGACUGAGGAAUGUGUUUGAUACACAGAUAGGACACCUGCUGAUACAGGAAGACAACGGACGUCGUCUACCCAACAGGAUGAAUCUAUCCGAAGUGUGUCAGUCUUACUCCGAGAGCGCACACCCGUACGACUGGCGAGCUGAUGUGAAGGAAAUGUGGAUGUCGCGUAUUGGUGACUACUGGUCACAGCGCCCCCUCACGGACGAAAUGGUAGAAUAUGCAGCAGGGGACGUAAUGGCAAUCAUACCGGACGUCUUUAGAAACCAGAUGGAAUAUAUUGAAAACAGAAACUUGAUGAAAAAGUUCAAGCUGCUCGUUGAGGAAGAGAUCCUUAGCGAAAUCAACCAAGUCGUAAAACAGCUCCGCGGAGAGAGAAUCGAGAAACAGACGCGCCAGGUCCUCAAAGAGGUCACCGAGAAAUACGAGGAGGAUUGCGAUAUCUUCAAGAACUGCACAGAGGAUGAGUUUCAUGCAUUGAUGCUCAUCCCAUACAGCGACGCGGAGUCCGUUUCGUCCAAAAUAGUCAAAUUCAAGACACGGUUAGUCGAAAAGGAGUUGGAAGAGAUUCAGAAUGAUUUACGACUCAAACAAGAUUUGAUACGCUCUAGACCUCUUUUGGAUUUGGACCUGCAAGCGUACGAGGUCCAUCCUGAUGCAGAAAUACGUGUUAAGGCCAAAGACAUUCGGAAGGCCUUGCACGAAUCAAUUCUAUCUACGAUAGGAAGGCGGUACUCCGGAUUGGCGUCCCCACAAAUCAUGUCGGAAACAGAACGGCAAGCUCUACGUUCGCUCUAUCCGAAAUCAGAAUUUGAUACCUCGAUAGACGGUAUCGUACUUGCCCUGCACUGGCUCAUUAUUGACUUCGAUAUUGAGCAGGCAUUGUUUAAUAUCAAGUAUGGGCCCCCCGAAUACAGGAUAACGGAGGAAUUCGUUUUCAGAGUCGAAGGAUACGUGUUAAUAGACUCUAAAGUAUCAGAUGGACUCAAGCAGAAGGCUAAAAUGUUACUUAAAGUGUUGGAGAAAAAUAGUGAGAAAGUAGCCAGGGAUAUACCCGACAGGAAAGUUACGUUUAAUGAGGAUACUGGGUUUUAAUUUAGUGAUUUAUCAAAUCAUACCUGUUAUCAAAAUGUUAUCGGUUAUUGACAAUGACGAUUAUUCCGUUUUUAGUGUUAUUAUACAAUUAUCUAUUGAUCAAAUCUCAAAUAACAUACGAAAACUGAAAGAAAAAAUCGACAAAAUCCGCGAAGGAAAUGUUGUCAAGAAGGACUUUUAUUCUGACAUAUUUACGCAAACAAUUGUUAACUUUUGACUCCAGUUGGAAGAAUUAAUUGCCUUAUGGUGUUAAAGUACCAGUCUAGUCGUUUUUCAAAUAAAACGUAUCAUGAUUACUGUUUAAUCUUGUACAGAACAGCUCCCAGGAAACUUCUGAUAUUUCUAAAAGGCUAACAAAUAUUAUAUCACGAUUAUCUACCUUCACCAUCGAGAAGAUUGUUUUGACUUGCAUGUUGCUGUCACUGAAAAAAGGGUGAUUUUCAGAAAUAUCUAGGGAAUCGUGGAGGUUUCGGGAUACUUUGAUGUGUGAAUGAAUGAGUACAAUUUGCUUUACUUCAGAUUUGUUUCUUUUGAUUCAUUCUUAUUUAAUUAUAUGUUUUACUUUUAAAUAUUGUGAUAAACACUUUUAAUUAUUGAUUAUAUAAUGGUCAAGCGAUGCCGUCCAGUUGCACAUAAACAGAUCUUUUCUGGAAAGCAUAAGUUUAAGUGCUUGUCAGAAAACCCCCAAAAGAUUACCAAUUAUAUAUUGUUUAGUAAAUGUGACAGAACUGUUUUAGUAUUGUCUUUUUUUUUAAUUGCCCUGCUCAGUAUAUCAUCAUGUUUCUUUUAUAUAUUAGCCACAUUCUCAUAAUUAUACAGAAAUGGUGCAUAUUAAAAUCUUGUUAAAUUA